AAUAGUGAUUAUAACGAGCGACAUGUGAAAUCACGAAAUUAAAGUAGAAGCAACUUGAGAUACGUUGUUUCUCAUUAUUUUAAUUAAUAAUGGCAAGAAUGUUAUUAUCAAUAUGGUAUACGUCGAUUUGCCACAAUGUCCCAGUUAUUGGAUAAAAUACAGGAUGUGGACAUCGAUGGUCACGGAAGAUUCAAAUACAUCUUGAUCAACGUGCAGGACGAUGUCAGCAAAGCUAGCAAGAAAAUUGUCAGAGGAUAUGCGAGAGCUCAAUGGCAUGCUGAUAUCUUCGACGAAGUGGACGAGCAAAUCAAGAAACACGCUGGUUUGCAAGCAAAUUGCGUAGGUGGUGGAAGAAUUGAACACGACCCCGACGAGAAGAUCAUCAAAGUUUAUGGAUAUUCGCAAGGUUUUGGCAAAGCUGAUCAUGACGUGUCGGUCGAACUAUUAAAGAAAAAAUAUCCUACCUACAACAUCACGUGCUCAAAUGAAGGUUACUAACCAGGAAUUAAAUAAUGAUGCGAUGAUGAUAAUAAUUCUUUGACAAUUUUUAACUCAAUAAAUAUAUACGGGAUUGUGCUUUGUAUUUAUUAUUAAUAAAAUAUAUGUGUCGAAAUGAAAUGAAAUUAAUUAACUAAUUGUGUACUAAUUAUUAAACAUCCUAUGCGUAUGUUUUAUGGAAUACUAUAUUAUAUAACAAUGUAAAUUAAUAAAUAAAUAAAGAUAAGAUAA